AGCUAACGGCACAUACUCGGACAACCUAGCUAAAACGAGAGAUGGGGUAUUCGACCUGGAUUAUUCUGUGUUCCUGUAUCAUGCAAUCAUGUUUAUCAAAGUGUCCAGAAAAUGUGGAUAGUGAAAAUCAAUGUGGAAAUUCAGGAACGAAGUACCACUGUCAGUACGACGCCGGCUCCGAUACAACGACGGCUGUCUGUGUACGUGAAGUAAACUGCAGUGCAGGAACAUUCGCUGCUCUCAAUACAAUCGAGAAGCAAGUGACGUGCACGCCAUGCUCUCCAGAGAUGUACCAGCCCCGUGCCAAAAUCUCCACGGCUUUCACUCAGCCCAACUGUGACUACAGAAAAACUCCAUGUGAAGAAGGCGAACUACAAUGUGGAGGCGACUCCCCAUCACAGAACUUCCAGUGUAGAUGUGAUGAAAAUAAAGGAUAUAGACCUAAUCCCCAUGAAGGAUGUGACUGUUUUAUCAAGGACUCCAGUCACUGUGCAUGCCAGCAGCACCAAUGUAGACCUGGCGAAAAGUUAAGAGCAAAUUUCACUUGUGUACCAGUCAGUAAACCAACUAUGAAGCCCCCAGCAACUAAAACACCAGGGGCUACGGUAGCAGCUAUCAUCCUAGGGGUGCUGUUGGCUAUUGCUAUACUGAUCAUAAUAACUUUGGUCGUCAUACUACGAUAUAUGAACUCGGAUGUCUUUUCAGCAAAAAAGAGGACAGAACAAGCCAGUUGUGAAGUUAACUGAGCCAGAAGUCGAAGCAGGUCCCCCCCAGCGAUAUGGUGCAGUUCAGGAAAGAAAACAAGCGCGGAGAACACCUGUACAACAGAAUAAAGACGGUUUUCAUUGAAGCUGUUGACCCGAAGGCCCUCCUGUUACGGAUAGACUUUCGCGGCUUUAAUGAUGAACGACUGCAUCAGUAUAUCGAGAAACACGCCCGAGAAGACGGCGCCGUUGAGCUCCUGCUGACCGUGAAGAGACAAUUUCCCAAUGACUGGUUCCAGAAGCUAACGACAGCUUUACGGCAUGACAACAUUGGUCUGUCGCACACUGCUGAAGAAAUGGAAAAAAUCAGAAACAGAUUAUCCAGUGAAACAGCCGAAAUGCGAAACAGCGGAGAACGGGUCUCAACAACUGAGAAUCCAUAUUCCGAAGUACUUCCUUUACUGCCAACAGCUCCCCCGGGACAGGAACAUGAAACGGCGAACGUCUAGCAUGUGCGUUUACAUACUCUUGAUCGUUUAUCAGAUUUAUAAUUGACUUACCCUUGCAUGUGUUUGUGACGGAUGCCGCCGGUUAAAUAUAGUAUUAUCAAUGUAA